GAGGGAGGGAGGGGGACCCGCGGAGGAGGAAGCCCACCAAGUCCGGCGGCGGCGGCGGCCGGGAGGCGGAGGACGCGGCGGCGGUGGGGACGCGGUGACUUAGGGCCGCUCCGUGUGUUUUCCUGCUGCACCGGCUCUACGCCCUCCACCUCCUUCCCUGUGGUUUAACCUUCCUCUUUCCCCUAGUGUUUUAUGCACAGCCAACUACGUAAAGAUUUGCAUUUCUUCCCCCCUCCCUGCUCCGCACCCCAGCCCCCACCUCCUUGAAAAACAAAACCCAACCUCGCAAAACCUCUCCGGACCUGAGGCUGCGAGGCGCAAAGGGGUUGAUUUGUGGAGUGGGAGUCGCUGGUCCAUUGCGGUGCUCGGGGCUCAUUAAACUGUCACUCGCCCCCCACCCCACUGGUCUGCUUUUUUUCCACCGAUGUAACAGACCUGGAGCCAGCAAGACUCAGAGGAAAGGACUUAAUCAGGUUUAUGUGUCCUAAAGGUUAUGAAGACAGUAUGGAGUUUCCAGACCAUAGUAGACAUUUGCUGCAGUGUCUGAGCGAGCAGAGACAUCAGGGUUUUCUUUGUGACUGCACUGUUCUGGUGGGAGAUGCCCAGUUCCGAGCGCACCGAGCUGUACUGGCUUCAUGCAGCAUGUAUUUCCACCUCUUUUACAAGGACCAGCUGGACAAAAGAGACAUUGUUCAUCUGAACAGCGACAUUGUUACAGCCCCAGCCUUCGCUCUCCUGCUUGAAUUCAUGUAUGAAGGGAAACUCCAGUUCAAAGACUUGCCCAUUGAAGACGUGCUAGCAGCUGCCAGUUAUCUCCACAUGUAUGACAUUGUCAAAGUCUGCAAAAAGAAGCUGAAAGAGAAAGCCACCACAGAGGCAGACAGCACCAAAAAGGAAGAAGAUGCUUCAAGUUGUUCGGACAAAGUCGAGAGUCUCUCUGAUGGCAGCAGCCACAUGGCAGGCGAUUUGCCCAGUGAUGAAGAUGAAGGGGAAGAUGAAAAAUUGAACAUCUUGCCUAGCAAAAGGGACUUGGCGGCCGAGCCUGGGAACAUGUGGAUGCGAUUGCCCUCGGACUCAGCAGGCAUCCCCCAGGCUGGCGGAGAGGCAGAGCCACACGCCACAGCAGCUGGAAAAACAGUAGCCAGCCCCUGCAGCUCAACAGAGUCUUUGUCCCAGAGGUCUGUCACCUCCGUGAGGGAUUCGGCAGAUGUUGACUGUGUGCUGGACCUGUCUGUCAAGUCCAGCCUUUCAGGAGUUGAAAAUCUGAACAGCUCUUAUUUCUCUUCACAGGACGUGCUGAGAAGCAACCUGGUGCAGGUGAAGGUGGAGAAAGAGGCUUCCUGUGAUGAGAGUGAUGUUGGCACUAAUGACUAUGACAUGGAACAUAGCACUGUGAAAGAGAGUGUGAGCACUAAUAACAGGGUACAGUAUGAGCCUGCGCAUCUGGCUCCGCUGAGGGAGGACUCGGUCCUGAGGGAGCUGGAGCGGGAGGACAAAGGCAGCGACGACGAGAUGAUGACCCCCGAGAGCGAGCGGGUCCAGGUGGAGGGCGGCAUGGAGAGCGGUCUGCUGCCCUACGUUUCCAACAUCCUGAGCCCGGCGGGCCAGAUCUUCAUGUGCCCCCUGUGCAACAAGGUCUUCCCCAGCCCGCAUAUCCUGCAGAUCCACCUGAGCACGCACUUCCGCGAGCAGGACGGCCUGCGCAGCAAGCCGGCCGCCGACGUCAACGUGCCCACCUGCUCUCUGUGCGGGAAGACGUUCUCCUGCAUGUACACCCUGAAGCGCCACGAGAGGACUCACUCGGGCGAGAAGCCCUACACGUGCACCCAGUGCGGCAAGAGCUUCCAGUACUCGCACAACCUGAGCCGCCACGCCGUGGUGCACACGCGCGAAAAGCCGCACGCCUGCAAGUGGUGCGAGCGCAGGUUCACGCAGUCCGGGGACCUGUACCGGCACAUCCGCAAGUUCCACUGUGAGUUGGUGAACUCCUUGUCCGUCAAAAGCGAGGCGCUGAGCCUGCCCGCUGUCAGAGACUGGACCUUAGAAGAUAGCUCUCAAGAACUCUGGAAAUAAUUUUAUAUAUAUAUAAAUAAUAUAUAUAUACCUAUAUAUAAAUAGAUCUCUAUAUAGUUGUGGUACGGUCUAAAAGCAGUCUUGUUUCCUGGAACUGAAAGGUUGGGGUAUUAACUUGUUUUUGCACUUUAGAAUAGCAUGAGAAUCUCACUAAUUUAGCAUUCUGGUAAAAGAAACUUUAGAGCAAGUCGGAGAAUAGAGAGGUGUUUUUCUUUCUUUCGAGGGGGGUAGGGGAAAUAAGCCAAUAAGAACCUUUGAAACAAAUCGUCCUAUCACAAAAUGCUUUCCUAGGGCCUAUUUUGUCAGCACUGCGGUGUCUUUUGAGCUCUCUCUUUUUUUCCCCCACCUUUUCUUUUUUUUUUUAAGUAGAAAUUCCCUCCAGUUUUAUUAGCCUCUUUAUAUGUCUCAAAUUGCAUGAAUCUUUUCUGGCUGUUGGAAACCUGAAUGCUUUUAGACCCAAAUGGAAAAUUUCUGAAAUGCUGGAUUAUCUAUUUUUAAACAAGCAGUUGACUUAAAACUUUCUGUGGCAACUUCUGGUUUUCUGACGGUUCCCAAUGAGAGAAAUUCUGAAAGUACACUGGGAUCACUGGGACGCUGUCUUUGUGAAGGUUUGCUUGGGAUGAAAAAGGAUAUUGCAGCUUCAGCAGUGUUGAACUGUGUGUUGAAAAAUGUGAAUUACUGUUAUUGUAUACUGUAAUUGAUUACAGGGGCUGGGGGGGUGUCAAAGGACUUGACAGGUUGUGUUGAUGCUCUUAGUUGAGUCUUGAAAAGUAAAUAUUAACGCUACAGAAAUGCAUGAGUUUCAAUAUAUUUUUUGUCUUUGUUUGCAUUGUAUAACUUUAACGAGUGAGUUUAAAAUUAUUUAAUUUCCUUAGAAAAAUAGCACCAUUUGGAAAAAAAAAACCUGGUGUUAUGAAGAACGUUAAUGCACUGUUUUUAUUUUAUAUAAUUUAAAUUGACUUUCCCACUGUCUUUAAGUUGAAACUGUUAAGCUGAAUAAAAACUUAAGCUGCAAAUUGAUAACUUCGCUACGUAACAAGGAAAAUAUAAAUGUUUACAAACGGCUUAAAGAUUUGCAUGUGCAGUGUGCAUUUUAUAACAAAACUUCUAAUUGCACAAAACCCAGGCCAGCUCAAAGUUUAGAUGUACACAUUUACCCAGUUGAGCGUUUUUAGAGUAACUACUGCACAAAUUGACAAUAGGUCAUUCUCUUUUUUUGCUCCCCUUUUCUUUUUCUCCCCUUCUUCCUUUCCCUCCCUUCCUCCUUCCCUCCCGCCCCUCCCCCAUCCUCCCCCAAACUCAUGAAAAGAUUCUAUGGACUGAAAAAGCCCCAGGCUGAAAGGACUGGACUGCCUUGAUUGACAUGGGGAAGGGGGUUAGUAGACUAUGUGUAUCGCGGCAGCAGAGGCUGCAGCCCAACGUGUGGUUUUAAUGACCAGCACGCAGGGCAAAGCAUUUUGCACAGUGUUUGUUUUCCUGUCUUGCACUUACAAAUAAGGUCUAUGGGAGUAGCAUGGAAAACGUUUGCUGUUUUUCCCUUUUUUUUUAAUUGCUUUUGUUUAAAAUUUGAUCGCCUUAACUACUGUAAACAUAGCCUAUUUUUGUGCUUAAGAUACUGAAUGGAAAACUCCAUUGUGUGUUGCUGGACUGUUUUGGAAAUAUUUGGUCAAAUGUGUGUUAAUUUGGCUGUAAUGGCAUUUAAAGCAAACAAACAAACAAAAAAAAAGCUGUGAAAAUGGCCUUGGAGCAUUAUCUUUAGUUACUUGAAGAGUUUCUAGUUUUUUUAAAAUACAGUUUAUGUUAAAAUAAUUUUUAUUAAUUUAGAGAAGACAAUCAAUGUCUGUGAGAAAACGGACUUUCUUUUGGAUUUUCUUUUUGUGGUCAUUGUGAGUGAUUGCUUUUUCCUUUUAUUAGUUUCACAUUCUUCCUUUGUUCUAAAACUUAGACUGACAUCUAGCUUUGACAAUCAUAGUAUGUUUUAUUUUCCUGAGGGGGGAAUAACUUAUAAUGCUGUUUAGUUUUGUACUAUUGGUGUGUUGGUGAAUUUUUAAACUGUGUGCUAACUGCAAUAAAUUAUAUGAACUGAGAA